UAGUUAGUAAAGCUCUGCCUCAAACAUAAACAAACAAACUAUAAGAAAGAGCGGAAUGGGUUUACCCAAAUAAACGGGUUGUGGAUGAACCCAAUUUGGCACCCAAAGUUGACCCAGAAACUGGGCGAUACCAAUCUGAGACUACUUUUCUUUCUUUUGGCUGAAUAAGAAUGAAAAGCCUCAGAUAACCAAUUAGCACCACAGUACCAAGAGGACCAGCAACAAGAAGAAGAAGGAUAAAACAAAAGGGAUUUGAAAUACUCUCUCCUCAUGCUUGAAGACUUGUGAUAUAAAUAUAUAUAUUGGCAAUGGGAUCGGUUUUCCUUUCACAGUUUGUGAAUACUACUAUUGAUUGGGUGAAGGUAGCUUUGGAUGCUCCCUCUGCCCGAGCUGUUGUUUUUGGAGUUCAUAUUGGAGGACAUCUUUUCGUCGAGGGUCUUCUUCUAGUGGUCAUUCUUUUUCUUCUUUCCCAGAAGAGUUACAAGCCCCCUAAACGCCCUUUAACUAACAAGGAAAUUGAUGAGCUAUGUGAAGACUGGGUUCCAGAACCCCUCAUCCCUCCUAUUACACAAGAGAUGCAAUAUGAACCAGCAGUUUUGGAAAGUGCUGCAGGGCCACAUGCAAUAAUUAAUAGCAAAGAAGUUGUGAACUUUGCUUCAGCUAACUAUCUUGGACUAAUAGGGCAUGACAAAUUACUUGAGUCAUGCACCUCUGCAUUGGAAAAAUAUGGUGUUGGUUCAUGUGGUCCGCGUGGAUUCUAUGGGACAAUCGAUGUCCACCUUGAUUGUGAGGCAAGAAUAGCAAAGUUUUUGGGAACUCCUGAUUCAAUUCUAUAUUCAUAUGGACUUUCUACCAUGUUCAGUGCAAUUCCAUGUUUUUGCAAGAAAGGAGAUAUUAUAGUAGUUGAUGAGGGAGUCCAUUGGGGAAUACAAAAUGGCCUUUAUCUUUCUAGAAGCACCAUUGUGUAUUUUAAGCAUAAUGACAUGGAAUCUCUACAAAAUACUUUGGAGAAAAUAACUGCAGAGAAAAAGCGUGCUAAGCAGUUGCGGCGUUACAUUGUAGUUGAAGCAGUGUACCAGAAUUCUGGCCAAAUAGCACCACUGAAUGAGAUCAUCAAGUUGAAGGAGAAAUAUCGCUUCCGUGUUUUGUUGGACGAGAGCAACUCAUUUGGUGUGCUUGGGAGGUUUGGAAGAGGUCUAACUGAAUAUUAUGGGGUUCCGGUUGAGAAGAUAGAUAUUAUAACUGCAGCUAUGGGGCAUGCACUAGCCACUGAAGGAGGAUUCUGCACUGGAAGUGCCAGAGUCAUUGAUCACCAACGAUUGAGCAGCUCUGGGUAUGUGUUUUCUGCUUCUUUACCUCCAUAUCUGGCAAGUGCUGCAAUUACUGCUAUUGACGUCCUAGAGGAUAAUCCUGCUCUAAUAACCAAGCUGAAAGAAAACAUUGCUGUAUUGUGGAAAGGGUUGUGCAACAUACAGGGCCUUUCUAUAGCAAGCAAUCCAGAAUCACCUAUUGUUUUUCUCAGGCUGGAGAAUACCACAGGUUCUGUAAAAGGUGACCUAAAACUCCUUGAAGAUAUUGCAGAUCGUGCGUUGAAGGAAGACUCUGUAUUUGUGGUAGUUUCGAAAAGAUCAACACUGGAUAAAUGCCGUUUGCCUGUGGCAAUUAAAUUGUAUGUUUCGGCUGCCCAUAGUGAAGCUGAUUUGAUUAAGGCAUGUGAAUCCUUGAAGAGAGUUUCAGCAUUGGUGCUGAGGAAUUGAAAUUGACUGUUGCAUGUCAAGGUCAUUCUCUGAAUGUGUCCUCACUUUACUUAUCAGAUCUUUGGAGUGACGUUCUCCAUUGUUGUCAAAGGACUGGGGAUGUUAUUAGUUUAUGGAAAUCUUGUACUUUCUAAAUCAUUUUCUUGUAUUUUAGAAUGGAGAGUCUGAAGUUUUCAUAGAAUUGAUAACCAUACUAUUGGUUGAUGAGUACAGCAAGUCAUAUCUAUGAAUGAUUGUAAUUAUCAAGGUUUUCAAUGCGAGAUAAUAAUGCAAUUGAAUGCUGCCUUAUAGAAGAA